AUGGCAGUAUCGGUAGACCAAGCUCGUUGGGCUUAAAUUCAAAAAGACAUGAAUAUCCUCAUCUAAUCUUCAGACUACCCAGUUCAACAGAAGAAUGCAAUUUCUAUGCACAUCCUUGGAUUUAUGUAGAUGAAUCCAAAUUGCCUUAUGGAGCUAUAAAGUCAUUAGGAUGGUCCAGGAGGCCCAUUAAAGAAGCACAUUGCUUUAAGAGGAAAAUAAACUGGUAUAAAGAUGAUCGGAUUCAAAAUUGUAUUAGCUUUGGGUCACCCUUUUGCAGUGCCAUUAGCAUUUCUAGAUGAACCAGAUAAUCCAAAUCUCUAUGAAUAUUUAGAUUAUUUGCAGCCAGGAAAUAAACUUGCCUUUGCUUACUUAGAUGAUUGGAAGCCAGAUGAUUAAUAAACCCAAUAAUCUAGCUAAUCAUUAGGCACCUAUUAAUCAGAACAACAACUUGAACAUGAAUAAUAAUAACCAAGUAUCAUUAAAUAUUUAAACUAUUCUUAGCCAGUUGCUGAUGAAGGAGAUUUCGACAAUUUAAUGAAUAUGUUUGAUAACAAUCAAAUGAGUCAUCAUGAAAGAAACACGUUAAUCAGACUUAACACCUAAAUUAAGCAAGAAAAAGAGAAGGAGAGACUAAAACCAGAUGUGCUUUAGAAAUUAUAACCAAAGGUUGAGCAAAUGUUGAAUGAUCAUGUGAUUAUUAGACAAUCAGAGGCUGAGUCUUAUUUAUCAAAGCUCGAGAGUCUGAAUUAAAAGAAAGAGUAGAUUAAUAAGUCACUAGUUGAGAUCAAACUUAAAAAUGAUGAGAUUAAAUUCGCAUGUUAAGAAAUCACUAAGAUUUCCGAUGAAAUCGAUUAAAGUGCAUUAAACUAAAAUGUAGAAGCAGUUUCCCUAGAGUCAAUUAAAUCUAAGAUAAAGCCAAUGCUUCAAAAAAUGGCAUAUCUUGAUGCAAAGUAAAACGCCAUCAAUGACUGCUUAGCGAUAAUUAAGCAAAAUGAUGAGUAAACUGUCGCCGAGAAUGUGAGAGUAUUUAGAAAGUUAGCUAACAGAUAGUUCAAAACUCUCUACAAAAGAAACAAAUUGGCAGCCUUCAUCAGUUUCAACCAGCAUCAGAACAGAUAAUGA